CCGGCGCCCAUAACAUUAUCCCAAUAAAGAAAACAUUCAUAUUUCAUUGUGACAUUCUGAAUCAUGCCAAGUGAUCAACCCUCCAAAUUGCGAGUCGCCGUGAUCGGCGCCGGACCAGCCGGUCUAGGCGCUGCCAUUGAAUUCCAAAAAUUGCCCUUUGUCGAUCUUCAGGUCUACGAGCAAGCGAAAGAAUUGCGGGAGGUUGGCGCGGGAAUCAGUAUCCAGCGAAAUACAUGGCGCAUGCUGGAGGCGCUCGGCGUGUAUGAUAACAUCGACCCGAAUAAUAUCUACCGGUCGCCGGAUGGGCAUUCUGUGCAGCAUCGAAAUGGCCGGACAGGGGAGCUUCUAAUAUCAAACGAACAGGAAGGCACACCUCCGCGGUAUAAACACGCUCGGGCUUUACGAUCCAUCCUGCAGCAGGCUCUGCUGAAAGCGGUUGAUCAAUCGAGAUUACGCCUGGCAAGUCGACUCGCCAAGGUGACUGAAUUACCGUCCGGAAGACUGUCGCUAUCCUUUGAGGACGGACAUGCCGACGAGGUAGAUCUCGUUGUCGGCGCUGAUGGCGUUCGAUCUGUCGUCCGGAAACAUGCCUUCCCAGACCAUCGCAUCAGCUACACCGGAACAACAGCGUACCGAGGACUCGUGAACACCCAGGAGAUCCUCAGCAUCAAGGGCUUCCAUGACGCCGUGACCUUCUGGCAUGGUCCGACGAGAUGGGUGUACACGUGUAAUCUGAACAACAAUAUCUACGAAGUCACAGCAAGGACCGAUCUACCGGAAGACGAGAACACCGUGAGCUGGGGCCAGGAUGCCAAUAUUGAUGAUAUUCGGGAUCGAUAUGAGGAAUUUUCACCGGUCCUGAAGGAGGUACUGGGCAAGGUAAAAAAGGUCAAGAAAUUCGCUCUCUUUGCCGGUCCUCGCUUGGCGAAGGUUGUAUCUGGCAAUGGCAUUGCCUUGGUUGGGGAUGCAUCGCACCCUUUAUCAGGAGCCUUCGGCGCCGGAGCUGGCUUCGCCCUCGAAGACGUCUACGUCCUCACCCAAGCCGUCAAAUGGGCCUACGAAAGAGGGUACCCGAUACGCGAUGCCCUCGAGAUAUACGAUCGCGUGAGAUCGCCACAUUACGAAGCGAUGUAUAUCAUCUUGAACAAAUUCGCGCAGUCGAACGCGGCGAUUCGCAGCGCCGCCACGUUCGACGACGCAGUGACUAUCAGUGUUGAAAGCAAGUGGGCGGAUCAGUAUGGGUGGCUGUAUCAUUAUGAUGUGAAAGAGGUCUGGAAGAGGGCUUACGAGGAAGAGGAUGCUCGGCGCGAGAAGCAGGAGUCGUCUUCGAGGUUGUAGAUAUUAGAAAUUAGAGCGUUGGGGAUGGAUAGAUCAUAGAUGUGAUUGAAGGGGCAAAAAGAAAAAACAAAAAAGAAUCGUCAGCGACAGGACUCGAACCUGUGCGGGCGAACCCAAUAGAUGAGAUAGAUGAGAUCCAUUCUAGUCUAUCGCCUUAA